UUUUGAACAGCGCACCGGGCAGGCGGGGCCUGCAGGAGAAAAUGGAGUUGGUGCAGGUCUUGGGGCGCGGGCUGAAGCAGGUCACCGGCCACGGCGGACUGGGUGGCUUGUUACGGGUUUUCUUCAGGUCAAAUGACAUAAAGGUUGGUACAUUAGUGGGGGAAGACAAAUAUGGAAACAAAUACUAUGAAGACAACAAGCAAUUUUUUGGCCGUCACCGAUGGGUUAUAUACACCACUGAAAUGAAUGGCAAAAACACAUUCUGGGAUGUGGAUGGAAGCAUGGUACCUCCUGAAUGGCAUCGUUGGCUUCACUGCAUGACUGAUGACCCUCCGACAACAAAACCACCGACUGCUCGUAAAUUCAUCUGGGCAAACCAUAAAUUCAACGUGAGUGGCACUCCGGAACAGUAUGUACCUUAUUCCACCACUAGAAAGAAGAUUCAAGAAUGGGUCCCACCUUCAACACCUUAUAAAUAAAGACAGUGAAAACCAGUUUCAACAUAUAAAGUCUAGGACUUUGCAUGGAACUGCACUUCUAUUGCUGACCAUGAACUUGAUUAAAAUUGUUUGACCAAG